AUGGUAGUAACCAGCCAUGCCAAGGAAACUACAAAGUUCUUUCCUGUCCUUUGGCACGGGGCAUUCUACGAUGGUGGUUACUUUGGCUUCAAUUGGACGCACCUGUCCUCUUCCUACCUGUUUACCGAGGUAGGUGAUGAUGGCCUUACCAAACUCACACUUGGCCAAGUUCAAAACUGCACAGAUGAUCAGACUUUUGAGACAAAGUCUGUUGCUGCUCAACAACAUGCGACCCUGGAAUGUCCUCGAGAGAAACUUCUGAAUUCUGACAAGCUGUACUGGAUCAGAAUCAUUUCUGGUCACCAGCUUGAACUCUUGGGAAGAACAACAGUCCUUGAUGAUGAAGGAGUUCAUAAAACUCCUCAUUUUACAACCAAACAAGAAAAUGAAAUUUUUAUUCUGCACAUUCACCAAACUCAGAUCAAUGACACUGGACUUUACUACUGCAUCCGGACCAGCUGGGACAGCAUAACCUUUUUGAGAGGAGUGUUUCUCAUUGUUGAAGGACCCCAAUCUUCCAUCUCUGGCAUCAUUCAAGCUCCUCCGUCUGCUGCGGUCCAUCCAGGAGAGUCGGUGUCUCUGCAGUGUUCGGUCCUCUCUGACUCUGAGAAGAAAACAUGUUCAGAAGAUUACAGAGUUCACUGGUUCAGAGCAGGAUCACAUCAAUCUCACCCCAGUUUCAUUUAUACUCAUGGAGGCAAUGCAGAGUGUGGAAAGUCUUCACAGAAAUGUUUCUAUAGCUUCUCUAAGAAGGUCAAUGUCUCUGAUGCUGGUACUUAUUACUGUGCUGUGGCUGCAUGUGGAGAGGUCAUGUUUGGAAAUGGAACAAAAGUAGACAUUAAAAAUUGGAAUCACACAGAAAUAGCUCUUUGUAUUGUCUGUGCUGCUUUGGCUGCAAGUGUGACUGUUUCAGUCUAUCUCAUUUGGACCAUCAAGAAGAAGAAUUUUAACUGUGGUGCUGAACCAGCCAGCAGUGAUCAGCAGGCAGAUGAAGCUGUGUUGACCUAUUCUGCGCCAACCUUCAGCAGGAGAAAAGUCACAAAAGCAGAAAGAGGAAACACACACUCGGCUCAGAAAGAGACGAUCUACACUGACGUGCGUUUUCACCACUGAGCAAGUGAAACUCUUAUUCUGAUUGACAAUAUUAAUGUAGUUAACAUGAGUAAAGUAUUAAAUGAAAUGCAUUUGCAUUUCAGUGAUAACGUAGUAAUUUGUGUUAUUUGUGUUAUUGCGAUUUCUUUUCAAGCUCUCAUAAAUACAGUUUAUGCCAUGUAAUGCUAUUUUUUUAAUGUAAAUUGCAACAGAGCAAAGUCACAGUUUGAAUUGAUUUCCUGAGUAUUUUAAAUCAGCUUUAUUAUAAAGUUUCCUUGAACUUCAUUGCCACAGGUGGCAAGCUAAAAUUACCUAAGCAAAUAGAAAAUAAACACAACAGCAGCAGCAGUUCAGUGCACAUCAUCAGUACUCUUUACACCUCUGAUUUAAAUCAUCACUCAUUCAUCUUGAAGUUCAUGUCUGUGAUGAUUAACAUUCAACUGUACCUCAGCUCAUGCUGAUUUUGAUGUAGUUUCU